AUGAGCAGCGCAAACAAUGAAGUCAAGGACGACGCGCAAUUUGACGAAAUCGGCAAGGCCAUCAGAUCGCUUGUGAUCAACAUUCGGGAGGUUCAUCCGGAGGCUGGAGUGAUCCCCAAGCUUCACAUCAUCGCUGCUCAUUUGGAGGCCUACUUGCGAGAGAACCGAAGCUGGGGACUGUUGACGGAGCAAGGAAUCGAAGCCCUUCACGCCAUCUUCAACGGGUUGAUGCGCCGAUUCGCGAGUGUCAACGACGUGAAGCAAAGAAUCUGUCUUGUUCUCGAGAACACGGGCCACUUCAAUUUUCUCUUCGACGUCGGCAACCUCCGUUGA